AUGCAAAAUGAUAGACAAGACAAGCACUUGUUUCUGAGUACAGAGAAGAAGGAGUUUGUCAAUAACAAACAAGUGGUUAAGACUGGGUUUGAACUACUAGACCUUGUCAUCUACUACUUGAUAAACCUCAUGCUUGUGUUGCUCAACUUUUGCGACUUUGUUGUCGACUCCAUCAAGGGAGCAGUGUUCAAGUAUGAGAUUAUUGUUUGUGCACUCAAGAAUGGAUUGUACAAGAAUAUCAACUAG